GUUCGUCAUAAAAUGUGGUUUGAACUGUACCUGCGCCUUGCAACUGCGCAGUAUCUGUCAUGUAGUACUACUUUGGGUCCUGACAAAUAUCGAUUUUGCAUUCAUGUACUUGUCUUUCGCAACUAGUUAGCUUGUUAUUACUUGGUAACAUUUCUAUCAUUGUUUGUUAUGGAAAAAUGAUACAGAUUUGUGUUAAUUGUUCGUGUAAUGUGAUUGCUUAUCAAAACAACAUAUGAUACAUAUUUUCAUCAUAAGUGCAAUAAGAGUAAAGUAAUGGAGAACACAAUUACAUUAUUUACUUUACCCGAUGAACUUAUAUUUAUUGUGUUAAAAUAUACCGAUAUUCGUGAUGCUAUUAAUUUUAGUGCUACAUGUAGGCACUUUCAUGAUUUGGUGAAGAGUAACCAGAGCUUUUGGGCAUAUAAAUUCAAAGGACAGUUGCCAUGCAUCUUUGAUGUUGCUGACCAGUACAGCAGUGGUAUUUGGCUAAAUGAGUUAAAAACCUUUUUGCUCCAAAAACAAAGCAUUUAUAAAGAAUUAUUGGAAUUGCCGGCAAGACAUUAUUGGAAAAUUGGACAAUUUUCUCUCCAUGAUGUGGUUCAUUUCUUCAAAGUAUCAUCAACACAUAACCUUGGAUACUACUAUACCAUUUCCAUACUGCACAACAUAAUUAGAAUUGGUUAUAAAAAAAUGCUACAGUAUAAUACAGAAAAGCCAUAUACAUUAACUGAAAUGCAUUAUGCAAAAUGUGUGCUCAGUCAUCUAAUGCAUAGUUAUCUGACUGUGAAAUGGAUAAAAAAUCAAAUGAUUGAAGAAACACCUCCGGAAAUUGUCCUCAAUUUCAUUGUGCAGUGGAUUGAUAAUGAGAACUUCCACUUUUUUGAAGACGUCCUAAAUAAAUUGGACAUUUGGGCUGAUAAAGUUAAAGCACAUUUGACAAAUGCCCAUCCGGAUCAACUUACGGAGAAUACUGAUGAACUAUACACUCCAGCUCAAAUUUUCUCUGCCGUUUCCACUGUCCUGUUCCACCAGAACCGUAUGACUAUGACUACUUCAGCAAACUUGGACACCCUUGAUGUCUUAAAGGUGUUGGAAAAUAAAGUUGGGAAUCAAAUAGCAGUGUAUGCUAUUUACCAAGCAAUAGCCAGACGAUGUGGUGCCGCAUGCGACCUGAUCGUCUUUGUGAACCAUUUGUUCUUGGAGUGGCGUUGCGAGGACAACCCGAACAAGCCCGUCAUGUACAAGAUACAGAUCAUGACUGGAGAGCUUGAGGCCAAUCACCGCUGCCCCUAUGUCAGCUCCCGCUUCAAGUACAGCGCGGAUGCUCUACUGCAUAGCCUGCACGCCUGCUUUGUUAAGAGCCUGGGGCCUAUGCAAAAUUGGGCGUCAGCUAACGCGGCAGAUUUGCUUGGAUUCCUCGGUGGUACUUACACCACGCCCAGCGCAUAUGAUAUAUUUUAUCAAUUCUUCUCCGGCGAUAUUGAUUUGAUUUCGUUGAAUUCAUCUCUUGAUAUUAAAAAUCUAUCAGAAAGGGAAAUGGCAAUAAUUCUCUCAUUGGUUCAUGUGAAGAUACGGAUGAACCGUCCACUUGGCAAAUUUCAAAAUAAAGCUGUAAAGAUAUCGGAGGCAAGGGAGCAUGAUGUCACAGUAAAGUAUGGGGUGGGUAUGGUGUGUAGUCACAAGGACUUGGAGUACCAGUGCAUCAUUAUCGGCUGGGAGCUGAGCUGCAAUGCGGAGUGGCGCACUCGCCUUACCAAUGACGGUCAGACCACAGGCUUCGAACAGCCCUAUUAUAACGUCGUGGCCAACGAUCAAACCGAGCGAUAUGUUGCACAAGAAAAUCUGGUGCCUGUUAAUCGUCCAAACCGUUUGCUCCAUUUGGAGGAUUUGGUCAGCAAAGAUUUUAGCCAUUUUGAUGGCUUCAGCUAUGUUAUGAAUGAUGAGAAGAAGACAGAAUAUCCAGAAGAAGGGCCGAUCAUCGAGGAGCACCGCCAGCGUUGCAUGACAAUCGAAAAUUAUUGAAUGUUACCUUAGAGUUAGACUGCUGUAACACUUGUAUUGAUUAUGUGAAUUACAAAGUGUAAUUUCGCGCGUAUGUAUGUUUGUUUUUUAUGUAUGUGGACUUGUAUGUAUGGCAAUUGUAACAGACUAGAAACUAAACGAUUAAAUCGACUUUGUGGAGUGAGAUGUAAUUCAAUUCUUCUUCCGCUGAGUGUCAAUACAUCGGCCCAAAGCACACGUGUUUUGUGUUGAUGUUGAUUAUUUCCCCUAUACUGGGUGUCCGAGAAUGGCGUGUACAACGAUUACCACAGAUUUCUUGGUCGAAAAUAUGACGAUUUAACCCAAUUUACCUAUAUCUAAAAUUGCUGCGUAUAGCCGCUAGAGGGCUGUAAAGUUUGCAAAUAUUUUUACAUUUAUUCAAAUAUCUCAAAAAUUCGUAACUGUGUAUGCCCUUGUAUAGGAGACGUAACGUACCUUUUUACGUUGCUAAAUCGUUUUUUCGAGAAUGUCCUAAAAUAUGAAAGUGUUACUUAUAAUAUUACAGAUUAUUAAGUUUAUUUAAAAAAGAAUUGUUUCAAAAAGCAGCCAAAACAUGACGCUAUUCGUGCCUUGGAGCUUGUCAAUUUUUUUAAAUCAAAGUUGCAUUUUUAACCGACUUCAAGAACGAGGAAGUUCUCCAUCCGUCUGAAUGUUUUUUAUGUAGUCUCUGUGGUUGUCAAAGGGAAUAAAAGGGAUGUCAGUAUGUAUUAAUGCAAGUGUCACUGCAUUCAAAAUUAAAGUAACAAGUAGUAUCUAGAAAUUAUAUCAACUACUGCAUGCAUUAAACUUAUACUUCAGAAAUUAUAAUAUUCAAAGAGUUAAAAAUCUUAUAGAUUAUCAAUAUUUAAACUAUUUUUUUCUCAUAAGUCACUUUUUAUUUAUAAGAAUACUGACCUCUAUACAUGGACUUGGUGUAAGUCGUGAUAUUUUGGGCUUACUGGAUUUUCGAUCGAAUAGAUAGAAAAUGAAAGGAAAUUUCCAUAUAUAGAGAUCAGGAUAAGAAUCAAAUUACAUACAAAAAACAAAUUUUUCUGGCCCAGCGAGAGGCGCGUCAUAAAAAUUAUUGAUAAUUUAAUAUGACACGUGAAAAUUGCCUACUAUAACUUCACUAUUGCCUAUCAGCGGGGGCUAAACAAAGUGCAAUAGCUAAAGCGAUUCCACGACGAACAUCAAAAAUAUAUAGAACUGACAAUAUGUUUCGGUAAGUCACGUAAUUAUCGUGCGUCCAUAGCUCCAUACAUUUUUUAAAUUUUGUUAUGGAAUCGCCUCAGAGCGAAUGCAUUUUGUCUAGCCCCUCAGGCCAGAAAAGUUUGUUGCGCUAUAAGUAAAUAUUUGUGAAAACCAUAUUGUAGAGGACUAAAAUAAAUAAAAAACUACAUGAAAUUA